ACAUCAGACAUCAGCUCAGGAAGCUUUAGUGCGACGCCACCAGGGUUGCGUUUUGACUGAAAUGAGGAAGUGACUUUUUAAGGCUGCCCGGGAGAAUAUUUCAGUUGUUUUACUGUGUUUCUUUGCUCAAGCAGAGUGACAAUGAACACUCAUGCCAGCUUCACCAGACUCUUAUCAGAUUUUUCCUGCAGAAGAAAGCGGUUGCUCCAACCUCACAUUGGAUUGCGGUGAGUAUCAUCAGACAGAGAUAUCAGAGCAUGCUGCUUCAGAGGCGGAUGAGAGGCUUGAGCAUGGUCACCCGUCCAGAGGACCCUGCAGAGACAAGAUGUCUAACCAGCCACUCAGGGAUCUGACCUUGUGUAUUCAGGGAAAAAGAGAUGCCAGGAACGCCAGGAAGAUUCAAACUGGUAACAUAAGUUCUUGGGCGUCCUGGAGGCGGAGCCAGAGCAUCACCAACAAGAGGGUCUGUUCUAAGUUGGGAAGAGCUAUUUCAGGCAUGUUGCCAUGGCAACACACAUUGCACAUCAUCAAAGGGCGCUUUGGUGUGGGUGUGAAUGCAUAUUUCGUGUUCCUCAGAUAUCUAGUUUACUUGAAUCUAAUCCACUGUGCUCUUCUAUGGGUUUUCAUUCUGGGGCCCGCCGUGUUUUACAGUGGAGGCAGCGACAAAGAAGCACUGAGAUUUGGAGGCAACGACUCUAUUUUGGAUUUCUUUCUGGGAUCGGGCUACCUGGAUCGAUCUCCAGUCUUCUAUGGUUUCUACACACGUGGGUCACUGAAUUUUCCCUGUUUGAAUACGCCCCUACUGUACCUUACGGGAAUCCUUGCUGUUCUCCUCCUCAGUCUCAUAAUGGAGGUGCGGAGAACAACAUUAGGCUACAAGCACACAUGGAUGCUGGGAAAGCGUUCCAGAAUGAACGUCAGCUAUAAGAUUUUCUGCGGCUGGGACUUCACCAUCCAGGAAGCUGACGCAGCAACGCUGAAAAGCAACUUCAUCAGGAACGAUCUUAAGCUACAUUUGGAGGAGCAGCGUUUCUUUCUGCACGAGGCGCGAAGGACAGUCGGACAGCGGGUGCGUCUGUACCUGCUCCGCUUCACCCUCAAUCUCCUCGUUGUUUCGCUGCUGGGUGGAGCCUUCUACCUCAUCUACUUUGCCACAAAAACAUCGCAGUCUUUGGGGACGGCGGACAGUACUCAUUGGCUAGUCAGCCUCCUCCUCCAGUAUCUCCCGCCCAUCACCAUCACCUUUGUCAACCUUUUCCUCCCUCACGUCUUCCGAAAGAUCUCCAGUUUUGAAGACUACUCUUUUACAGUGCAGGUCAAUACCACACUCGUGAGGAGCAUCUUCUUGAAGCUAGCCUCGCUGGGGAUAUACUUGUAUUUUGUCUUCACAGCAACACAUGAGCAAUGUGCAGAGAAUCAGUUUGGAAGAGAAAUGUACAAGCUCUGUAUCUUCAACUUCCUCGCCACUUUCUGCAACGCCUUCCUGGUCGACUACCCCAGGAAGUUGGUGCGAGAGAAGUUCCCCUCCUCCUUGGUGGCCCGGCUAUCAGGGAAGCAACACUUCUUGGUGCCCUUUAACGUGCUGGACCUCGUGUACGCUCAAACCGUUUCCUGGGUGGGCGUCUACUUCUGUCCUCUGCUGCCUCUGAUAGGAACGCUCACGCUGAUGGCGACCUUCUACAUCAAGAAGUUCACAGUCCUGCGCUGCUGUGUGGCAGAAAAGAGGAUGUUUCGAGCCUCCAACGCCUCCGUUUUGUUCCACUUCAUGCUACUACUCGGCCUCACCAUGGCCGCGGCCACGCUGGGCGUCACACUCGACCAGCAACAACCCCCUGUGGACGAGACCACAUUAUUGCAGAAUUCCCCUUGUGGCCCAUUUGGGAAUGGACAAAGUGUAUUUAAUGUGACGGGAGUGUGUGUGGAAAGUGUCCCAGGCCUCGCACAAACCGCACUGCGCUACCUGGCCUCUGAGGCCUUCGCCCUGCCUCUCAUACUUGCCGAGAUCGUCAUCCUAACAUCCUAUGUGUCACGAAGACGAGCCAAUCAGAAGAGCAUCGAGAGACUGAAAGAGAUGCUGGUCAUGAGCAGCUCAGAUAAGCGAUUCCUGGUGAAAAAGCACACCACAAUGCUCCGACGUCAAAACACCCCGCUCUCCAGGCACGAAGGGGCAACGCCCUCUCGACACACUUAAGGCUUUCCUUCCAUUGUAGCUGUAAACAUC